AUGAAUUCCAAAGUUUAUAACGCUCUCUGCGCAGCCUUCGCGCUCGCAUACCUACUUGCCCCAGCUCUCAUAUUCAUCCCUGUGAUGUUAUGGGAAGCUUCUCCAAUGCCCUCUGCCUUUUGCAUGGCCAAACCUGCGAGAAAAAGACGCCCCUCCAUGGCGGGAGUGGGUGCAACCCCAUUUGUUGACGCGAGACCGAAUGGCGAAAAUCGAGUCGAAGCUCACGAUAAUGUGAUGCGCCAGACAAUCCUUGGCCUUGUGUCAAACUGGGUAGGCUCUUUGUGGUCUACUGGUUCACGAACAACGGGAGAACCCUCAGGUGGCUUGUUGAGUGAGCGCCAAGGAGGUAUCCUAGGGCAUAUGUCUGUUGAUGAGUCCUCUUCGGAGGAGGAAGACGUUGUUUGUGUAGGAGAGUCGAACGUGUUCUUUGGAGUAGGGCUUCGGGAAUAUAUCCCACACCUCCUUCCCUUGGAUAAGUUGGAGCGUGGCAUUGAUACAAUGGUGUCCCCAGUUGACGGCGUAGCUGGUACCUGUGGGGAAACCCAUGCAGACCUCGACGAGGGUGUGUCGAGUGAGCUUGUAGACAUAUGCGAUGAAGCUGAGAUCAGCGUACGACUCAGAUUCAUCUGUGAAGAAUUUUUCUCAGGGGGUUUUGCAAACCCAAGACUCCCUGCAAGAUUUUUUGACACGAUGUUGGAAGAGGAGCUCAACGCCUCUGAAAACAAAGGUCAUUGCGACUCAUUGACUGAAGUCGCUGAACCAGAGUGCGGUUUGGUUUCUAAGCCAGUUGAGGAGACUUUUGUCUUUGGACAAGAGUCCGUUCAGACCCCAUCGGGUUUGAACAAUGCUGGCUUGAAUGAUCCCAAGCCAAAGUUUGGUACAGUGCAAGGUCUAGAUGAGGCGUUCGCUUUAUCUUCUUGGCAGUCAGUGAAUGGCUUUUUUUGGGAAUGUCUCUCCACAGGACUUUCCACACCGAUGGAGAUUGACGACGACCUGGCUUGGAGUGAAGUCAUGGAAGUUGAAAGUCCCAUGGAGAUUGAUGAUGAUGUCGAGGUAGUGGCGCCUGAUGCUGAUUGUGGCGAAAAGCUCGUGGCCCACACCUGCAAUCCAACGGAUGACGAUUUACAGUACGUCUCCCAGUCUGUAAAGAAGGAUUGCGAUACGAACAAGAUCCCAGCCUGUGUCCCGCAACAGGUUGUAGACGACAAGGUGGAGCACGACGUGAUGCGAUUGGAUGCGCCUAUCGCUGUUACUGCGCUGAAGCCUCAGAGUCGCAGUGCCAACAAGUCAGGUGAACAGAAAAAGGGUGGAGAGUCACUUCCUGCGUCUGUGUCUGGUCUGCUCGCCGACGGAGCAAAGAAGGUCGGAGAGUGUGCUCCUGCGGUCUUAGGACCAAUGGACCAUUCAAAGACUGUUAAGCCUGCCAGUCAGAGCGGAAAGAAGGCUAAGGAUAUCAAGGUUGUAGCAAAGACCGAGACAGCCUCUGGCUCUCGCGAGCAGCAACCAGAGGAGACCAAGGCUGCGCCCAAGGUCUCUAUGCCUGGAAUUCCAAGAGUGCUGGCUUCCCGCGCUGCUAAGGAACAGGCAAAGGAUUCCAAGGGCAAGGCCAAGGAAUCCAAGGUUGCGGCAAAGACCGAGUUGACCUCUGGCUCUCGUGAGAAGCAGCCAGAUCAUUCCAAAGCCGAGACCAAGGCUCCAAUGGCUGUGACGUUGAAAGCGCUGGCUUCCGGCGCUUAUAUGGAGCAGUCAAAGGACCCCAAGGUCGAGUCUUCCGCCAGCGUCGGGAGACCCAAACGUUCUCUUGUCAAGGGCAAGAAACCAGCGAAGUCAUUCGAUGCGCCAACAAACAACGGUUUGUCGGCCGCCGAAUUCCAGGCAAAGGUAGCAAGAAGAGAAAGCCUAAUUGUGCUUAGCUUUUGGGUUCCAUCGGUUGACUUUGGACCUAAUUGUGAACGAAUGUUGGUUAAGAAACAAAAAUUUGCUUUGGCUUGGUUCCUAAAGCCUGGUACUGCAUCCAGCAGUAAAAAGGUGGUGGAAACAAGAAUAUGGCUUCCAGGAAAUCCCCAGACAGAUAACUCAAGAAUGACAAUGGCUGUAGUCACCCCCUUUGACUCGUAA